UGGGCAACGGUCACAAGAUUUGAAAAUUUUGUAACCUUAAAGUUGAAUUCUUGCAAAAGCUUUAUGUAAUGCUUUCAUGAUCCUUCAACCGACAAUCAAGUUCUCUUUUCAAAAGUACUAAUGUAUCCAACGUUCUAGCUAUUUGUAUAUUCACAAUUGGAAAAUCCAGAACCUCCAAUUCCACCAAGUUUUGCUCUAGCCAUACCAUCGAGUUACCAAGAAAUGAUAAAAGCAGUGAAGAAGUUAAAGAAGUUCUGGCCAAGAAAGAAGAGAAGAAAGAAGACUCAUCAAGAACCUUAUUAUCUUCCUCCACCGCCAUGCCACUGUUGCUGCUCUUACUCCACUCCAGUUCAACCCUCUGCUCCACCACUGCCACCAUGGUUGGUACCUGACCAGACCAAUGAGACCAUUACUGCACCUGGGGUGCAGCACCUUCCAGAAGUAGGCUAUCAAGGUCAAAUCCGGUUGCCAUCUCAAGAAAUUGUUGUGGAAACAAAUCCCGCUUGUCCUACACUGCCAAUUGAGACUACCCAAUUAUCCUACCAGCAAUAUACAGUUCCAAACCCUGUUUAUGGUGUGCCUGUUGUGCAGACACCAAGAAGAGAGAGGUCAGCUGGGUUCUUUGGAUGUGUUAUUAGCUUUGGUGUCAAUCUAAUUCGUUGCUUCUGCCCUUGUUUUCGCAUUCGAGAAGUUGACUGAUAUAGCAGCAUGUAAGUCGAACCAAUAAAAGACGCACCCCCCUUCCCAUUUCCCUCUUCUAUCUCUUUUUUCUUCUUCUUUUUCUUUAUAUAUAUAUAUAUAUAUAUAUAUAUAUAUAUAUAUAUAUAUAUAUAUGCUUUGUCUCUUUGUUAUUGUUGAUCACUGAUAUAUCCUUGUAUGAAUUUAGCUCAUCAUGUAUAUUUGUAGAAUAAUCGUUAAUAUCAUGCUAUGUAUUAGUGUUUUGAGUAAUUUUAGAUGAUGAACAAUGUCUACUGAUGCAAGGACUCAGCAGAAUUGGUUGUAAACUCGUAGAAAACCACAGAAAAUGAGCGUAUAUUGUUCUUGGUCUUGGGUGAUGAAGAAUAGGAAAAAGAAAAAAGA